UGCGCAACGGCCAUAAUUUAAAGAUUUGUUGAUAUUGAUAUUUUGGCGGGUAAAAAGUGCCACAGUACAAACAAGGGUGCAAAAUACUUUAAAAUGGUUUAAAAAGCUAAAAAAAUGUGAGAAUCAUGAGUCCAAAAAGGAAAGUCGGUGGCCCCAAUGUCGCUUUCACUCAUCAAAAUCAAUCCAAACAAUCCCCAGAAAAAGCAAAAGCAAUUUUAAGGGAUCAUAUUCAAACAUUAAAGUCUCUAAAAUCCGUAAUCAAACAGAAACUCAACACUUGUACCAAUAAUCUAGAAAACACCAGACGUUUUUCCCAAACAGACGAUCUUUCAGAAUCUGAGGUGAAAAAAUUGCCUAUUGGCAGUUUUUCAGUAAAAAAUGAGUUGUUUAAUUUUGCUGGGAUACAGUGCAUUAAAUCCUUUAAGGAUGAGUACAUUUUCCAUUUCUUCGCGAAAGGCGAAGGGAAUAAAAGUUGUGUUUACUCCGUGCAGUUUUUUAAUGUUGAUAAUAAGGGUGAAAUUGGAAAGUACGUAAUGCCCAAGUUUAUGGAUAUAGAGUUGAUUUUGAAGGAAACUCCUCUGGAUAAUAUUACCUACGCUGUGCAAUUUAUACGCAAUUGCAAACAUUACAUUGAUUGCUAUCACAACAGAAUGGAUCAGUUCAUUACACUCAAGAAAUCCCUGCAAAAAGUUACAAAUUGCAAUCUGUUCAAUAUAAAACUAAGUUACGAAUACGUAAACAUUGAACUGCUCGGUGUUUAUGAUAAAGAGUCAGGUGCCCAUAUAAGUAUUAUAUUGUACUUAGUGUACAAUUUGAAGGAAACAAGGCCUUAUCUAAUAAAAAUUGACACAUUGCGUGGUACACCGCUCAACAAAGAAACCGAGAAAGACCUGAAGUCAUAUUUGAAAGCCUUUAAAAAAUUAUCUUUGAUUGAGGCUUUGGAGAGUAUCGAAAAAGAAGAGGAUCCACUUUUUUCCUGGAAAAGGGCAGGAGAAAACCAAAUUGACAUUUAUCUACAGGAAUCCGAUGAGUCUUCUUCGGAAGAAUUCGUACCAAUAAGAAAACGGAUACGAAUACGAAAGAAAAACCGUCGCGUCGAAAAGAAGAAUCCUUUGGUAAAGACUGAUGUAAUCAAGAAAAGAAAGGGUAGAAUAAACCUAAGACCCAGUGAAGCCGAUAUCAGCAAAUUUCUCACGAAAUAUAAAAAUGUAUCCCAAUCAAAGGAUCCAAAAGAGUCUAAAAAGGAGGAGUCUAAAAAGGAUGAGCCUGAAAAUGAAGAGUCUCAGAUAGAAAAUUUUUCAGAUGUAUCAACGGUAAAACUAAGUCAAGUAGACUCGACCCCAGUCAAAAAUAUUGAGAUUGUAGAAAAGAUAAAAAAGAAAAGAACUGAACAAAGCAAUCAUGUAAUGGAGAAAAUCAGUGAACACGAAACAUCAGGCGAGGGAAGAGUUUUGAGAUCAAAAACAAACUCUCCAACAAAAGCCGCUCCUCCAAACGAAGCUACACCCAAAAAAGUUGAUUCUCAGAAAAAAGCUUUGACAACCUCGAAGAAAAGUCCAGUAAAAAAACCAUCUCCUCGGCCAAAAAGACUGGUUACACCUAAGAGGAUUGAACCAUCAAAAAAAGUAGCUUCUCUAAAAAAAACCGCUUUUCCCAAGAUCACAAUUUCUCCGAAUAUCUAUAAAGCAAAAUUGAGACAAACUAGUUUGAAAUUUCCAGCUACCAGUCAAAAUUCUCCAGCAACAGAAACUACAGAAACAAUCAAACUUGAUUAUAAUUCAAGACUUUUGAGAUCCAAGGUUGUGACGAGCACUCCAAUGGUAUUUUUUCGAAAGGAUGUGAAACGAGUCGUCGAACCUGACUUCGAUUUGAGUGAAAUUAAAUCCAACGCGAAUCCGGAGAAAAAACUUAAAGUUCAAAGUGUGGUUGUGGUUGAAAGAGUGGAUGCAGUUAAACUUGCACGAAAACCGGCAGCUAAAAGUGGUAUUCAAAAACCGAGUCAACUGAAAAAAUAAGACAAUCUGACUGAGGAACAUUUACAUAGAAGUUAUGUAUUAUUUUCUAUGAAUUCAUUGUACAUAUCAAGUCUUUUUUUCUUAUUUUUUGUAUUUACAUUUAAAGUUUUGAAGAGUGAAAGUAGUAAGAGGAUAUGGAAAGUAUUUUAUGCAUACUUUCUAAAGAAUUUGAUUUAAUUAUAAUUAAUGAUAGUGAUUACUUCCUAUCCGUAACUCGUAAUUAUUAUAUUCUCAAAUGCAGAGAAUGAAAGUGGGUGAAAAUUGAGAAAAAUUGCUCAAAUGAAUGCCUGUGAGACUGUGCAUAAUAAAUCAAAGUGAAUUCUUGUGUAA